AUGAGCGCAGUCAUUGAAACAGUUGCUCUCAUCUGCCUCGUAUGGAGUUGCCUCGUCGUUCUCGUUGAGUCCCUUGGCAUUCGCGCCAUCUUCAAGCACUAUGCCAAAGAAUCUUCGCCGGGGGUUUCACCCGGCCUUGGGCAGGAUGCACCGUCUGUAACCAUCAUCCGGCCCGUCAAGGGUCUGGAACCUAAGCUCUACGAAUGUAUUGCUUCUACGUUCCGCCAGGACUAUCCUAGAGAGAAACUUUCAAUCCGUCUUUGCGUUGACGACUACAGCGACCCAGCUUAUCCGGUCCUGAAGCAGGUCGUGAAUGAUUUCCCCGGGUUUGAUGCCGAAGUAUUUGUCGAGUCCGACACGGCUUCAACAGACUACAUGGGCAAGGUUGGACCAAACCCCAAGAUUCGCAACAUCAGUAGGGCGUACCGAGAAGCAAAGGGUGAGGUCAUAUGGAUCAUGGACUGCAAUGUCUGGGCAGCGCCGGGUGUCCUGGGCCGGAUGAUUGACAAGCUCAUGGGCUACUCCAAGGGCGACGCCUCAGCGCGCCCCUACAAAUUUGUCCAUCAACUGCCGAUCGUGGUGGAUCUUGUCGAUUACUCUGGUGAGAAGUCUGCCGCGGAGCAGGCACUUCUUUCUCCCGAGGCGUCAUCUUCGAGCGUGGACCCCAUGCCCUCGAGAGAGAACGAUGGCCUCUUCACAAAGAUUCGCCUCAACGGUGGUGGCCGCCUCGAUGAGUUGUUCAUGGCCACCACCCAUGCCAAGUUCUACGGUGCCAUCAACAUCGUCGGUGUCGCACCCUGCGUCGUAGGCAAGAGCAACAUGUUCAGAAAGGUACAUCUGGAUCAGGCAACCGACCCGGCUCAGAACCCCAUCCUACCGAAGAACCAGGGCCGACUGACUGGCGUUGACUACUUCUCCCACAACAUCUGCGAGGACCAUUCGAUUGGAGAGCUGCUAUGGAAGACCAAGAUCGAAGGCCACGGCAAACAUGGCAUUGUCUGGGGAGACCUCGUCGUCCAACCCAUGUCGGGCAUGUCUAUUGAUGCUUAUAUCGGACGACGUAUCCGCUGGCUGCGAGCUCGCAAGUACACCGUCCUGGCGGCUACCUUGGUCGAACCUGGAGUCGAGUCUCUCCUCUGUGGUCUCUACUUCAGUUUCGGUGCGACAACAGUCCCCUGGGUUCAUGAAGUCAUUGGCAUUCCCCAGACGUGGCCUGCCAUGGCAAUUGCCUGGUUAGCUUUUGUCACAGCCUGGAUGCUGGCUGACUGGGCCGUCGUUUGCCGCCUUCACGCCGGCAGCUCGAUUACGUUUGACGAGAAUACACCCUUCUUCGCCAAGGGAAGAAGAAUUCCCGGAGUAACUAAUCGUCGGUUCUUGGAAUGGCUGCCCGCGUGGAUUGGCAGGGAAGUGAUGGCAAUGCCGAUCUGGAUAACCGCAGUGUUUCUCGGAGGUACCGUAAACUGGAGAGGUCGGAUCUUCAAAGUCCAUUCCGACACCACCGUACAUGAAAUCACCCCUCAAGUCCAUCAGAGGCCAUCUCAGCCACGGACUCCGGAAUUAGAGAGACAGAUGCUCCCGAAUAAAGAUAGACGAGAUUAG